AUGCGUGUCGUCCCUGGACAGGUGGACCAAAAUAUGUUUACAGUAAUGCGUUACGUUGCUGCGUAUCUGUUGGCCGUAUUGGGCGGUAAGAAGGAACCUCAGCUUGAUGACAUACAGAAGAUCCUGGCUGCCGUCGGCGUUGAUUGUGACGAUUCGAAGGCGAAGAAAGUUAUCGAAUCAUGCAAGGGCCAUGACGUGAAUGACCUGAUUGAACAAGGUUAG